CACGUAGAUAUCUCCAAUUCGGAUGUGGGAGCUCAGAGAAAAAAACAAAUGAUAAGAUUCCGCGACUAUCGCCAGUAAUUAUGUUUGGUUAGAUAAGAUUGGAGGGUUUCUUCAUUAAAACUGAUUUUUGUGUGUGUGUAAAGAGUAUGUGGUGUUUAAUGUUAUUUCGAGUGGGAUUAUCUAUCUUAUUUUUCUUUCAUACAACAUUAGCUCUUCCUGAUGAAUGUAGUUCUAUUUCGCCUGUAAGAAGUUGUUUACUGAGGACAAACUACAUAGAUAUACGGCUGUGGAGAUAUUACGCUGGCUAUUUUUGCUACAUUUAUACAAAUGAAGCCAGGUUGGAUAUCAAAUAUAAUUCCACUAGUUACAACAUAACAUGUGGCGGUGAAAACGCAACGAUUCCCGUAGCAAGGGUGGAGGAGAACAUAAUAGCUAGUUAUGAUUAUACAGAUAAAGAAGAUGUCCAGCAUAUCAGAAAAUCGUUUAAGACUGACGAGGUUUUUAAAAAUUAUAUAUCUUGUUGCCAAGGAGCUAUAAGGUGUUGCAAUGAUCACAUGGACGAGGAAAAUGUUAUUCCAACGCAAUCACAAUGUCCUGUAAUAUGGGAUGCCUGGUCUUGUUUUCCACAAACUAAAGUUAAUACUACAGCCAAGCUACCAUGUAGUAGCCAAGCAUACCAAUCUCCCGAUGAAGUCUGUACUUUAGAAAGCGAAAAACACUGCAUCUGGAACGGAACAAAUCAAAAAGCACAAUGGAUCCAACAAACUGACUACACAACGUGUGCCAUAGCGCCGGUUUACGAACGAAGAUACAACUUCCAUAUUAUAUUUCUGGGAGUCUGUAUCGGCUUUUGUAUACCGGCAAUAUCUAUAUUUUUCUUUUUCGAAAAACUUCGAAAGACCAUCAGAGUUAUUCUGCAUAGGAACCUUUUGAUAGCCAUUGUGGUCAGGAAUGUCUUGACAAUUAUGUGCAAAGAACUAGUGCUGCUAGACGCUUUAAAAGCUCCGGCUCUAAGUCAUCGUACGAUGGACAACAAUGGAGUCCCAUGUCGGAUAUUGGCUUUUAUGGAGACCUCAGCUAUAAAUAGUAUAUACGCUUGUAUGUUUCUAGAUGCUUAUUAUCUACACAAGGUAAUAGUACGAGCGUUUGCAAAAGAAACAAGAAUGAUCCAUAUUUAUAUAGUACUGGCAGCUUUAACUUUUACAUUUAGCAUUGUAUGGGCGAUAAUCAUGGGCGUCAAAGAUGCUCCUCAUUGUUGGAUGGUGGAUUUAGAUGGCCUCCAGUGGACCGUUGAUGGUUUUAGAAUAGCUGUCUUGGUGAUCAACGGAAUAAUGUUAGCAGAUAUUAUAAGAGUGAUGAUAUUAAAACUGAGACACGGAAGUACUACCAAACAAACUAUGGCUGCGUUUAGAGCAACAAUCUUUUUGAUCCCACUUUUUGGUCUUCACAUCAUCGUAACCGCUAAAAAGAUCGUUUACGAUAACUCUUGUACUGCCGAAGACAUUUACGACUUUUUCAGAUAUGCCAUGGAGGGCUUGCAGGGGAUCAUCGUGUCUAUAUUGUUUUGUUACGCGAAUAAUGAGGUACGGGGUGAAAUGAAAAACGGUUAUAGAAAAGCCUGCAUCUACCUAAAUCAAAGGUUUGGCUGGAAUUUGGGAGGUGAUCUCCUCUAUGAUAAAAGACGAGCCACAACAGCAACUUUUGUUCAAGAAGGAAAUUUUUAAACAUUCUACAACUUUACUCACUAAAAAAUAAGAGCCUGGCUUUAAUAUAAAAUUCACAGAUAAAGUACAUAAGAUCUAGAAUUUUUUUAAGAAAAAUAUACAGGGUGUCCAGAAACUCUACCGACAAACGAAGACUGCAUAUUCCUCAGACAAUUUUAAGACAAUUUAACCAAAUUCACCUAUUCCGAAAAUGCUUCUUAAGGGAGCUAGAGCUCUUUGAAGAUGGCGUCUUUUAACUAGUUUUUCUUAAAUUCCUCCAGAACGCUUCUAGUUAGAAAAACAAAAAUUGGUAAACAUAUUUAUCUUACAGAGAUAAAUCGAUUCCAUCUAUGGUGAAUUUCUAGUACCAGUCAUAGGCGUCCGUUUUGGGUGGGGCAACGGUUAUUUUAUCGCAUAACUUUUUUGACUUUAACUUUUAAGCAUUUUUGAUACUGGACUGUUAAAUUGUGAGGUAUUCUAGUACUAAAAGUUACUCUUGCUUUAAGUCGGUAGGACACACCGUUUUCUAGAAAAAUCGAUGUGAAACUUUUUCUUUCCUGAAUUUGAAAAAAAAUUGAAAAAUAAUUUCAAAAAAAAACGGUGUAUUUUACCAACUUAAAGCAAGAGUAACUUUUAGUGCUAGAAUACCUCAUAAUUUAAUAAUCUAGUGUCAAAAAUUCUUAAAAAUUAAGGACAAAAAAGUUAUGCGAUAAAUUAACCGUUCACCUACCCAAAAUGGACGCAUAUGACCGGUACUAGAAAUUCGCAAUUAGUGAAAUCGAUUCAUCUCUGAAAUAUAAAUAAACGUACCAGUUUUUGUUUUCCUAAAGUUAAAUUGUCUUAAAAUUAUCUGAGGAAUCUCCUGUCUUCAUUUGUCGGUAGAGUUUCUGGACACCCUGUAUAAGAGCAUGGAUAAUUUCGGCAUCUACCAGCGACAAUAAGUAGAAAAGUGGAUGCAAAUCUCAGUAGCUGUAGAUAAUAGUAACUAGAGUACCACUUUUAUUAACCAAUCGUCUCUUUUCUUUAAAAUACAUUUUUUUUAUAUAAAAUAACGAAGUUAAUAAACGACAAAAAAACGGUGGCAUCUAAUCAGUACCCAGAACUCGUUACUCAGUACUACCCCAUCUCAGUUCUCUAUCGGUUAUUCACGACAUUUUAUACUUUUGGCCCUAUUUCAUCUCCAGUGCCCAUCAAUGGUAGUGGUAGGUUGUUGGUGGGAGUGCGGGCAUACAGAGAGAGGGCCAGCUGCUGGCAGAAAUGUCAGUGUCAUCGUAAAUUUUUUUUCUUCCAUGUAGUUCAUUGUGAAUUGUGUAAAUAAAUAUCUUAUUUGGCAAUUACUUGCAGUAUGUCCUUUUUCUGUCAUUACAUCCCUUCCUCCUUCUUAUUUUUUCUUGCCUAAAGUGUCAUAAGCUAUCUUUUUAUCACAUGUUUUCAAAUUCUCCCAUUCAUAAUAUAAUAUAUCUGCUAGAUUUGUUUCCAGUUUUCUACUUAUUCUACUUGCCCUAAAUGUAUAAUAUUUAUUUAUUUCUUAAUUUAUAAUUAUUGUAGCUUUAAAAACAUUCCUUAUGUUGUAAAUUUAAAAUUUGAAAUAGAUAGCAAAAAACAGAGCCUACUAUCAAAAUAUAAUGUUUAAAAGAGA